AUGGAUGUCAUUGCCAAAGAUUUGGAAGGGCUGACGGUCAAGAUCGAUGGGCAAGAACGACGAGUCCAUUUCUUUGGGAUGAAGGGCGACCUUAAAUGGCUGGCCCACGUGUUCAAGUUGCCAGCAACGGUGUUGCCCGAGGCAACAGGAUGUGCCAUAUUUGCAAGCCUCUUCGUUGCUUGCAAGUACGAGCGACCCGAACGAUGGCAGAACGUUUAUGCGAUAUGGGAGUUCAUGGCAACCAUGGGCAACUUGGAUUUCCCGUCGCCGAUCAUCCACGUGCAAGGAUUCAGCAACCGAUUGAUAUGGGACGAUUCUUUACACGUGGCGUACAGAGGCUUCGCUGCCGAUCUUUGCGGCAGCAUGGUUGUCGACAUGUUUGGAAAGCAGGGCAACAAGCUCUUGCGAGCCAAGGAGCUUCUGCACAGCUGGGCGCGAGCCAAUGGCCAUGCGCUUUCGAUGGAGGAGUUCAGCUUCAGUGAUGACUACCCAAGCUUGAACUGCAAGGGCUGGGAUGUCAAACUCGUCUGCAUGUGGCUCGCAUUCUGGUAG